GGCUCGGCCCGAGCUUUGGCUCGGGUCUACCAAGCCCCGAGCAGAGCCGGCUUGGGUUUUUCACUGGCCGAGUUACGGGUGGCCCGAGCUGACGAGCCUAAUUGAUAUCCCUAGUCUUACGGAAUAUAUGGAUAAUAAGUGAAUAGUAAGUUCUAGAUCCUAAAAAAUUUAUUUAUAGUAAGAAUGAAUUUACCACUGUGUUAACCAAAAACAUUAUUAAAAAAUUUCAUUUUCUCAGUCUUCCUUAAUGAUGUAGUGAUUAUAAUGGAAUUGUUCCUUUAGUUGCAGGUACACUUGCUUUCUGCUAGGGCUAACACAAUUCUUCCUUUACAGCAUCUGCUUUUUCAACUUAUUAGGAAUUUAGCUCCUUGUGGUCUUUUGCAAUUCUAUCCAAAGCUUUUUGAUGCUAUGAUGUAUUCAUAUACUAAUUUCUGAUAUCAGACCAACUAACUGCUUUCUGAUAUUGCUACAAAAAGAAUUUCUUUAUUGAUGUUUGUUUUCGUUUACUUUAUAUUAUAAUCUGUCUUCAAACACCUUCUUUAGUAAUUCAGUCAAAAAUUAGAAGAAAGGAUUGAUGUCUUCACUUGUAAUGGGAGAUCUGUAUCAUGUCAUGCGAGUAUCAUGUAAUCUAGUUAGAGCAUCUCCACAAGAUUCUCUCAAUUUUAAAGAGUAAAAUACUAAAAUAAAAGCUUCAAGAGACUCUUUAUUCUAAAUUAAAGAUGAACUCUUUAUAAAUAGAUAGUAUCAAGAUGCUCUUACAUUGUAAAUUAGCAAGCAAGCAACUUAUUGUGCUAAAUUCACUAUUUUUCUCUGAGAAAAAACAGGUGAUAUUUUUCACGCGGCACCAAACAUUGAUCAUUCACAGGACUUUGUUCGUAGAGAUAUAAAGGAAUGGCUGAAUUGGCUCAGAAAUGAUAUUGGUUUUGAUGGGUGGCGCCUUGAUUUUGUGAGAGGCUUCUCUGGUGGAUACGUGAAAGAAUAUGUAGAAGCUUCUAAUCCUGCUUUUGCAAUUGGAGAAUACUGGGAUAGUCUAGCUUAUGAAGGUGGUAAUUUGUGUUACAAUCAAGAUUCUCAUCGGCAACGCAUAGUUAACUGGAUAAAUGCAACAGGUGGCACCUCUUCUGCAUUUGAUGUCACUACAAAGGGUAUUCUCCAUUCUGCACUGCAUAAUCAAUAUUGGAGGUUAAUAGAUCCUCAAGGAAAACCAACAGGAGUUAUGGGAUGGUGGCCCUCUCGUGCUGUCACGUUCUUAGAAAAUCAUGAUACAGGAUCUACACAGGGUCAUUGGCCAUUUCCAAGAGAGAAGCUUACACAAGGAUACGCUUACAUUUUAACACAUCCCGGGACUCCUGUGGUAUUUUAUGAUCAUUUUUACGAUUUCGGCAUCCGUGAUACCAUAACGGAGUUGAUUGAAGCUCGGAGACGCGGUGGAAUCCACUGCCGCAGCCCCAUAAAAAUAUACCAUGCUCAUAAUGACGGUUAUGUUGCGAAAAUUGGUGAUACACUUGUAGUGAAGCUUGGACAUUUUGAUUGGAAUCCUUCCAAGGAAGUUGAUUUGGAUGGAAGCUGGCAGAAGUUUGUGGACAAAGGAAUAGACUAUCAAUUAUGGUUGAGACAGUAAGUGCCUAUUUGAUACACUUUCAUUAUACAAGAUUAGAUACUAUAAUGAAUAACAAGUUCGAAGUUUUUGUACUAUUUCUAUCUUCAUGGGAAUGACGGAAUUGUAAUAACUCCGAUGAAGGGGUUCAAGAAGCGUCUUUGGUUUAUUGUCACUAUCGAGUAAACGAAACAGCAUAAUUUAUUCAUGUUUUAUAGUUUUCACUUUUGUACAAUUGAUGAAGUAUAAAACCAUACCCUGUGUGAUCA